AUGAGUGCUGCAAAGAUUAUCACUGUUAUCGGAGCUACCGGCAACCAAGGAGGAUCGGUUGCUCGAUCUCUACUCCAGAACGCGGAGUUUAAAGUCCGUGCAAUCACUCGAAACCCUAACUCCGAGGCUAGUCAGAAAUUGACCACCUUGGGAGCUGAGGUGGUCCGAGCCGACGGCUUCAACAGCGAUGAGAUUCUAGCUGCGCUCCAAGGGUCAUGGGGGGCGUUUGUGAACCUUAACUCGGAUGACAAGGGUUUGACAAACCCAGACGGACCUAACGAGUUCGAUCUGGGCAAGUCGAUUAUCGAUGCGGCUGCUGCGGCUGGUGUUCAGCAUCUUGUCUUCAGCUCUGGGCCUAACUGCACGGAGUUGACUAAUGGAAAGGUGAACAUGAAGGCUAUGAACUCGAAGUAUCAAAUUGAGCAAUAUGCCAAGCAGCUGGGCUCCUUCCAGAGCGUCGUUCCCAUCGGCGCAGGAUGGUUCCUCGAGAACUUCCUAGCCAAGGAAGUCGCCCCUGUCUUCGGCGGAUUCCCUCAUUUCCCCAAUAGCGAGGGCAUCCUAGCCUUCCGCACCCCCAAAUGGGGCGGCGAAGAAAACGUCCCCUGGCUUAGCGUCACCGAAGACUUCGGCGAUAUUAUUCACGGCAUCUUCCUCGCCCCGGAGAAAUGGAACAACCGCUUCGUCCACGGAGUCAGCGACCCAGGAAGCUUCCAAUACCUCGUUGAAAGCUUCGAGGCCGCCACGGGACGCAAGUCACGUUUCGAGCCAGUCCUUCCGACGUGGGAGGCGUUUGACACGCACGACAUUCCGGAGCUGGAGGACGUCAAGCUCAUGUUUGGUUUCGCGCAGGAGACCGGUGGUUGGUAUUUCUCGGAACCUACCGAGAAGGAGACGGCGAGGGAGCUGAAACGUGCCACGGCGGUGGCGUUGGGACGACCUGCGGAGCAGCAGGAGUUGGUUUCGGUGAAGGAGUGGUUUGCGACGAGAUUUGCGCUGGUGUGA